UAUAUUUACUUUUAUAAAGGUAGAGCGUCACCUAUAUAAUCUCACGACUCGUAACUACCAUAAGAAGAAUGAAAGUAUGUACUCUGAUUCUACUCUGAAUUAUAAAUUGCGACUACUCUCUUCUUCUCGACUCUAAAGCACCGAGUUUUAUGGUGUUUGUGCAGUUUCUGUACAUGAAAAAUAUCCAAAAUGAAGUCAACAACGUGCCUCAGAAUUAUUCCUUGAGUUAGAGAACGAACAUAUCCGGAUGGCUCUUUUCCAAUAUCUCUUCCUAAGUCAAAACAUCAGAGGUAAUUCAUUUUCACAGAACAUUCAACCAUUUCCAUACUGUAAGUUAAACUUUCUUCCAAAAACCUGUCUCGGUUCAACCUCGUCAGCGAGGUGGCUCUAUCUAGCUUUCGCCUUUGAAACAAUCCGCGUUGCGAACACGAACUGCUUGAUCGACCCUGAAAUGUCAAUCUCAACCACAUCUCAAUUGCAACAAAAUUCAUUUGAGCUUCUAGUCCAGCUCGAACGAUAAACCAUUGAAUUUACUAAUCCCAACCCCAAUAUAAUACAAUUUCACCGUGGCAUAAUGUCUUUUCUCACAACAACCCACCAAACCCUCACUCUCACCCCUAUUCCUCCUCAUAUCCCCAAGGCCCAGGUGCUUGCCCUACUACACAACCAUUCGAGAAUGAUAAGCUUGAACCCCCUAGUCACAGCCCACACUCUCCUCCCACCCACGCAUAUCCUCGCCGUCGAUUUCUUCAAAACCGAGCCCCCAUCCCUCCAACCAAGCGCUUCGUGUCCCUGUGAAAUCUGGGAAAUAACAGAUGAUAUGUCCGCUGCGGAAGGAGACAAUGGAGGAGGAUGGCGAGGCGGCUGGGCUAAACGGUUUGUCCCCGAUCAAAUCACUUAUACAUCGAGUCUCCAGGAUCGCGAAGAUGGAUUAGUUAGUGUUACACAUGCGCCAAUGGGGGUACAUAGUGUCACGACGUGGAUUGUGAGGGAAGCGGGGCCGGGGGAAAGUUCGUUAAUGCUUGGGCAGGGGAGAUUGGUGCUCGAGGAGAAGGGGGUUGUGAGGGCGAGUAGAAUGUUGAUGGGAUUUAUAAAGACGACCUUGCAGGAGAGUCACGAGAAGUUGGUAAAGGACUUCAUGAGAGUUUUGAAGGAGAACGGGGCGGAUGGAGAAGAGGUGGAAAAUGGGGCGAAGGGAGAAUUGUAGGUCAGUGGCUGGAUAGGGGCUGUCAUGGGGAGUGUUGAAAUUUUGCAGGAAAUGGAGUUUGGCGCCAUGCUAUACUUAAAUAAUGUAAGUAAAGAUUCAAAUAUCUUGCGAGGUAAGUUAGCCAACAAGUCACGAAAUAUAGAGCGAAAUCUAUGGCAGAAUGUACACCUAGAACCACUAAAUUUGGUCACCUAAUAUGUCAAAUUUGCAACUUCUGACGCAUCAUGUUUUUCUCAAUGCCUUUCUCUCUAUUGCCAUUUCCAUGCGUAAUUCUGCACGCCCUCAUCUUUACUU